UCUAUAUCGGUAAUUCUCUGCUAGGCAUGAAUAUUAUAAGAACUGUUUUCGUGAUGAUGAAAGGAAACUCUGCUGAAAUGCUGAAAAACUUUUCAUACAUAAUACUCUUAAAGUCUGAAGAGACUUUCCAUGUAUUAUAUUUUCUUAAUUUGGACAAAUAUGUGGAUUUAUAACUUUCGUGUCGUUCUUGAUUGAAUCAAGUUUUAAGAGACUUGAAAUUGCUCUGUUGUUUAGAAAAAAAUAAUACAAAUACAGUGAUUCAAAAUGGUAAAACAGAAUUUAUUUGCGAGAAUUUAAUUUAAAUGAAGACAAAUAAGUAUACUUACAGAUUUCUUAUGAAGCAGAUAUAAAAUGUUUUUAGGAAAAUAUUUAAAAAUGAUAUCUUGUUAUUUAAAUAUUACUGAAAGAAUUAGAGAAGAUAUAUCAUGAAAAUUUUACUUUAAUCCGGAAACAAAUACAAAAAAAAAAAAAAACGAGUGUAAAAACUAACUUGUAAUAAAUGUACAAUUCCACGUAAUUUAUAAUAUUAAGAAAAGCAUUGGACUAAGUGGAAAUCGUAAUUGUCUCAACAAAAAAGUUAUAAUCAUAAUUACAAAAUGGAAGUCACAAAAUCCUCGGUCUUAAACUGCACAGGAUACUCGUGUCAAAAUGACACGAUGUUAAAUUUAAUUUCCAUAAAUGACACUUAUGCGGAUUAUUUCUACGUUGAUAUUGAUGUCACUUUUUGGCAGGUGCCACAACUGAUCAUCCUCAUUGUUCUCUUUGUGUUUAUCGUCUUUGGAAAUGUCUGUGUCCUUGUUGCCAUUGGGUUGUCUAAUACAGGACGAAAAACUAGGAUGAAUUUCUUCAUAGUGAAUUUAGCAAUUUCUGACUUGACAGUUGGAGUCUUUCAUGUCACAGUAGAUAUUGCCGAACGUUGCCUUGUUGAAUGGUAUGGGGGACCUGCGCUCUGCAAAAUUGUCAGAUUCCUUCAGGUGCUGGUGGUGUAUGCUUCAACAUUCAUGAUAGUGUCAUUAAGCAUUGAUAGAGUGGAUGCUAUCGCUAGACCAAUGAACUUUACUAGAAAAGCGACUACUGUGAGAGCUCUAGUAAAUACAGCCUGGAUUGCAUCUGGUGUGCUGUCAGUACCAUCAUUUCUGCUGUUUGAUACAUAUGAUCAUACCAGCGGAAAGCAGUACUGCAUCAUGAAUUUACACGAAACUUGGCACUGGCAGCUCUAUACAACACUUGUAGCAUUAACAGCCUUUAUUAUCCCUGCCCUUAUUAUCAUCGUAUGCUAUGGUAUCAUUAUUUUCGUCAUCUGGGACAAAGGGCGUGGCUUCCAUAAUGCUUUCAAUGCUUCCACGUGUCGAAAUACACCUUCGAAUAAUGAUCACUGCUAUAAGUUUGAAAGCGUGCAAGGUUGCAGAAGACUGGAUCUAGAAUUUCAAGCGGCUGACGGUGGAAAUAAAGGCAUCAUCCCUCAGGCAAAAAUAAAGACUAUUAAAAUGACACUCAUAAUUGUAUGCGUGUUUGUGUUUUCCUGGUGCCCCUAUUUUGUAUUCAACUUGACUGAUGUCUACUCAAAUUCGAACCAACCAAAAUCUUCUACACAUUAUGCCGUGACGUCACUGGUCCAAAGUCUAGCUCCUAUAAAUUCAGCGGCUAAUCCUAUUAUAUAUGGAAUCUUUGGAACCAGCAUAUGCCAAAAUCUGAGGCGUAUUCCGUGUAUUGGUUCUGUGUACAAGUGGUUUUGUCAGUGUCGAAUAAAACGGAGGAAUUUCACCUUUCGCAGCUCACAACGUACUUCAGAGCAAACUAAUAUUGACGUCACAUCCUGUAAAUAUGUCUCGGUGUCAAAACAAGGCUAUCGAUAUCUUUUAAAAUCUAAUCCAAAAUACAGAGAUAUGCAUAACCUAAUUGGUCGUAUUUCAUCGCACACGCCGAAUAUUGCCUCGCAAAAUGGAACAAUUAUGAAAACAGAAAAUCACGUGACUCACAAUGAAGCCAUACCAAUUGUUCCAACUUCUGAAUCCAAAUGUUUCUAUCGCCGACGACCGUCUGGUUUACCCCUAGUUAACAGAAAAAUGACAGCUCAGGAGACUAUUCUCUUAGAAACAUACAGAUCCAAAGGUGAGAAGAAUUGUUCUGAGAGUGAUGUUCCAAUCGAGGAUGAACCUGAAAAUAAGGUACAUGUAAACGGUGCCAAUAGAAGUAGAAAUAAUGUGUCUGAACAUGGACGCUUAAAUGAUGUCUAUGGAUCGCAAUUCGCUAUAAUAGAAGUUGGAAUCGACGUUGAGGCAACAGUGUGUGUUUGAUUUUCGAAAUGUUCUUUUCAAUGAAUAUAACAUACAUUUUCCUUACAAAUAA